AGUCCAAACAACUUUCACGGUCAAACUUUGCUGGAGCAGAUUGCACAUUAUAUGGGAUAUGGCAUAUGUAAGAUGUAAAAGGAGCACAAAAGAAAGUCAAAUGCAAAGAUGAUUAAAUAUACUUUUUGCAAUGGGAAGAACAAGGGUGCAUAUUGCCAGUAUGGACCUACCGUGAAUAUUUACAAAUACUAGUCGAUCAGUUUUUUCUAUUUUAUCAUCCUGCUUGGACAGUUGGCCUGUCCUUGUCAGUGCUUGGGCAUUUAAACAAAAUUAUACGUGUCUCUCACCCACCCAUCCACCCACUCCUCACGCCUGGAGCAGCUUCAUUUUGCCAGGAGUCUCUUCAAGAUUUGCCAGAGGCCAGCCUAGUCAAAUUUGUCCACAGACCAACCAGAAGCGUGCCUCAUCAACCCCGGCCAUGGAGGUUGCCAUAUCUGCAGUUGCAGGUGAACUUGUGAGUCGAUUUGUCACCUUCCUGAUGAACAAGUACCACUCCUCCAGCCAUGCACAGUCAGAGGAGACGGUGGUGGAGAGGUUGCAGCAUGUCCUGUUGAGAGCUGUAACCAUUGUCGAGGAGGCGGAUGCUCGAUACAUAACCAACUCCGGGAUGAUGAUGCAGCUCAAGAUGCUCUCGGAGGCCAUGUACCGAGGUCACAGCCUGCUCGAUGCCUCAAGGUACCGAGCCCUCCAAGACGCCGCAGGCUUCGACGAGGUUAGCAGCGACGAGCCAUCUAGCAGCAGUUUGUAUUUUGCCAUUCCCCUCAAGCGUUCUAGAACAGCAAUGGUGAAAGACGACAAGGCCAUGCGCCCGGGGUCACAUGGUGCCUUGGAAAACUUAGAAAUUGCUGUUGCUAACAUGGCUGAAUUUGUUGUGCUUCUGGGUGGAUGUGAGCGCAUGUCUCGAAGGCCAUAUGAUGUUUAUCUUUACACCGACAACUUCAUGUUCAGCCGACAUGCUGAAAAACAAAAGCUCUUGAGCUUCCUGUUGGAGCAAAACGACCCUCCUGGUGAUCAUGCACUGGCAGUUUUUCCGGUGAUAGGUGGUGUUGCAGUUGGGAAGAAAACUUUGGUUGCCCAUGUGUGUGGCGACGAAAGGGUUCGCUCAUGCUUUUCCUCAAUUUUGCACUUGAAUGGAGACAGCCAUUUGAGGAUGCUUGACGAUGGAAGGACCAUGUUUGGGAGGACAACACUGGUAGUUAUUGAAUUUGCUUCUGAUGUAUGCGACGAUGACUGGAAAAGCUUUCAGUCCUUUUUCAGAAGGAUGGGCAGAGGAAGCAAGAUCAUCAUCAUAAGUAAAUUUAAAACAGUAGCCCGUUUUGGAUCAGUGAAGCCAAUUUUCCUUAACGCUCUAUCUUACGAUGAGUUGAGGUAUCUUUUCAAGACACUGGCAUUUGGAAGCGCAGACCCAGUAGAACAUCCACGGCUAGUACAAAUAGCAGAUGAAAUCACCAAGGUGCUGCACAGUGUGCAAGGUUCACUUGUGGAAGUAAAUGUGUUUGCGGAUGUGCUGAGAAGGAAUCUCGAUGUUCAGUUCUGGUGUUGCAUACUGAACAAGGGGAUCAGACUGGUCAAAAGAAACCUGUCCAUAUAUGGCGUGCACCCAACCCUGCUUAUAGAACAAGGCCAGCCAGUGGACAUAACGGACCUCGCCUCGCAUCCACUUAGCAUGAUACCGUAUAAACCCAAGGAGGAAUCGCCAAGUGUGUCGUUAGGGGCGCUUGUAGCAGACCCUAGCAUCAGACCGGAUGGCGACUUCACUCUGGUCGCAUGGGAAUCAAGGAUACCCCCACAUAAAUCAUUUGUUCAUUAUGUCACAAGUCGUGCCCAGGAUACACAGGAAGGUAGUAGCAGUGCCUUGCCGGGGAGGAGGAAGCGCCGAGGCGUGCCAUUUUAAUGUUGCUUCAGACUAGUGUAAUGUGAUUCUAAUUUUGCUUCAGACUGGUGUAAUGUGAUUCUACUUUUGCUUCAGACUAGUGUAAUGCGUAACUCUUGUUGUAAUCUUUUAUAUGCGGCAAAGGAAUGUGUUCACGUAUACUGACGAACUAUUACUAGGCCCUGUUUGUUUCAGCUUUGUUAGGGAACAGAUUCAGCUUUGAAAAAGCAGAAGCUGAAACAAACAGCCAUUGUAGAACCGCUUUGAAAAAUCAGCCGAAAGCUGAUUCGGGCUAUUUUCAGUGUGUUGGGCUGAAUCACGUCCCGGUGUACUUCAGUGCCAAAUUUAUCAGAUCCACAGCUGAUUCUGUCGAAGCCGAAGCCGAAGCCGAAGCCGAAGCCCAAACAAACAAGGCCAAAUUCAUCAGACCCAACGACCCCUCCUGCUCUUCUUGGACAGCGAAUUCAGGUAACGACAUCAUCUAAGGUGGCAGAUCAGAUACCUCCCCACUAUCACCAGCUCGUCUCGGUAAGGUGGAUUGAAACUGAACCAACAAGAAGGAGGUUCUGACCAGCAUUUUGAUACUACCAAGAAACCGAACUCUAUGCAUGUGCAGUUGCAAUUACAAGACACGAUUAAAUCAAGGAGUCUGCUUAGGUGCAGGAGUCCUUAAAAACCAGUAGAUUUGGCGAGAUUCGGGAAAAUGAAACAGGUUUGAGA